UCGAACUACUUGUCAAAACAAGUUUCACAAUUUGUUGGUUUCGUGUCAAAAUUAUGUCGUUUUAACGAAGCCUGAUUAACUAAUCUGCGCACCACGAUGACUGCGCCCUCCACCUCCCGUGCCAAGCAGGCAACAGAUCCCGCAAAGGAUCUAUCUGCUCCCAUCCAUGGAUUGAGCCGGAAUCGGAAGCGUCAGGAGAGGCGAAAGCAGCGCCUGCACGAAAUGCAAAAUCUGCUGUACACCAAACACUUUUCAAACUACAGACUUCCUGCGUCGCUGGCCGCCCCACCUCCCGAAGAUCAGCUGCUCCAACUGCAGCUGCAGAACUUUGAUUCGCUUACCGAGCAGCCGCCCAGCAGCAGGAAAAACCCGCUUCCUGUGAACGCCUCUAGCGAUUCGCCGUGGACCCGACUGCGCCUGGUGGCAUGCCCAUGUCACGGAUGCCUCUGCUCGGUUGAGCCCAGCGCUCUACUGGGUCACUAUUUAAGUGACCAUCUGCCGGGAAUGGGGAUUCCGUUCUUGGAGCUGGAAGUGGGCAAGCGAGUAUCCCUAACAUGUCAAGUUAGCAGUUUGGAAAGAGAUGUCAACUCCCUGUUGGGGGUCUAUUGCUAUCGGCGCACUGGCCUCAAUCCCCUUAAAUGCCACCGAAACACCUAUCUGCCGGUGGAAUACCGCUGCUACUCGCAGCAUAGCGCCCUCAUGAUCUUCGCCUGCCGCACCAUGCACUCGGUGCUGUGGGCAAGGAAGCGUGUCGAACACGAGGUCCUGGCCAUCUGGGUGGCUACUCCCUUGCACGGUGUGGCCAUCACUCUGCGGCUGCUGGUCCAACCGGCCAACUCGGCACGUUACUACACAAAGCAGAUAAAAGCUCGUCCGAUGCUGCCAUUGUCGUCGAACCAAACCUGCAGCGAGUUCAUCAAGACCGAUAGCAACGUGAUGCUCAUCAGCUUUGAGGACCUUCGACCACUAAUGGAUUUAGAUGUGUGGCAACAAUUGCUAAACGUCGAACUGAAGGUGAUCAGCGAGGCAAGAAUAUAAUUGAAAUAUAU